CGCACGUGGUGAGUCGUUCUGAGACAAACUCAUGCCGCGGCGAUGGCGUCCAUCGACCUACAAAUCUACGUGCCAGGUGUUGCGGUGGUCGAUAUCUCCAUCGAUGACUCUGAGGACGUGUCAGCCCUGCUGCGCGUGGCCAAUGUAGCCCUGCGAGGCAGGAUCAAGAGCAAAGUGUUGCAGCUGAUUCCUCCACGCUCUGCGCGGCCCUUGCGGCCUUUGCUCCCCCUGCGGCGCGCCGGGCUCCGUUGCGGAGAUCUGCUGACGGCGCAGCUGAAAGCCGUGCCGGAAGUGGUGGUCACAGAGAAGACCUUUGCAGCCAUCACUCCGUGCGGAUCCGUGGCCACCUGGGGCGCUCUGGGUGCGCCAGGUGGCAACACAUCACCUGUGUCCGACCAGCUGGAGAAGGUCAUCGAACUCACAGCCAGUCGUUCAGCCUUGGCUGCUCUGAAGGCAGAUGGCUCUGUGGUCUGUUGGGGUGCCAUCAAAGGUGGCUGCUCCAUCGUUUCGGAGCUCAGAGAGGUGCAUCGUCUCUUUGCCACCCACGGCGCCUUCGCUGCACUGACCACCGACGGCACCGUGCGCUGCUGGGGCGAUCCCUUCGCCGGGGGCGACGUGGCAGAGGCAGCCAAGGACUUGGAGGCCGGCGGCUUUGAACACAUCUUCGCCACGGGCUCCGCCUUCUGCGCGCUGCGCAGCGACAGCGCGCGCGGCGGCGCGGCGCCGGUCGUGGCCUGGGGUGAGAUUCUGCAGGGCGGCCGUGCACCGGAGGGGUUGGAAGCCGUGCGACAUAUCUACGCGACGAGUGGAGGGGCCUUCGCAGCCAUCCAAGAGGAUGGCGCAGUGGUCACUUGGGGCUCCAGUGUGGACGGUGGCGAUAGCUGCCGAGUGCAGGAGGAGUUGAAAAGACGAGGUGUCAGGGACAUCUAUUCCACCGACUCCGCCUUCGCUGCCCUCACGGCCGAUGGCGGUCUUCUCGCUUGGGGCAAUGCACGCCUGGGUGGCGUGGCACCGGGGGAGGAGGCCCUGCGGCGAGGUGGCGUGCGACACCUUUGCAGCACUGCCGGUGCCUUUGCCGCGCGCUGCGGCGACGGUACAGUGCUUUGCUGGGGCCUUGCAGAGUGGGGCGGCAGCUGUCGUGCCAUUUGCGAGGAUCUGAAAGAGGUCCGCUUCCUCCACAGCACCUCGCGCGCCUUCGCGGCGCAGCGCUACGAUGGCCGUGUGCUUUGCUGGGGCGACGCCAACAGCGGUGGCGAUGUGGAAGAGGUUGAGACACAGCUGGCAUGCGACAUCGCGCAUGUCUACCCCUCCUCCUGUGGCUUCGCAGCAGUUGCGCUGGAUGGGCAGCUAGUGACCUGGGGCGGGCGCCGCGGCGAAGUGGCUGAGGAUCUCACGGAGCUGCUGAAGUCCUUGCAUGGACAGGUGCAACACAUCUAUGCCACCGAGAAUUCCUUCACGGCCUUCACAGCCAAUGGCACAGGCUUUACGUGGGGCGCGAUGGGCCUCGCAGAGAUCAGCCACUUCCGAGAAGCGGAGAAAAGCAGAUCCACCGUGGGGGCCUGGGGCAGGGAGGUUGGCUCGGGAAGCAUGGGUGAUCCUCGAGAUGUGCUUGGUGUGAAUCCAUCAGCCACAUGGCCCGAGAUUCGCCAAGCUUUUUUGAGUCGCUCAAGAGAAUGUCAUCCAGACAAGCGGCCAGAGUCAGAGAAGGAGGCUGCAACCAAGGAAUUUCAGAGGCUCUAUGAAGCCUAUGAGGUUUUGAGAAGCCAGUCAGACCCCGAGGAGGAUGAGGGAUAUACUGGAAACACGCCAUGGGACAGCAUGGCACAACAGGGGACUCCCUUCAGCGCAGAUGCUCUUCACAGCAUUUUUCUGCCGCGGGAUUUUCAAUGUGAGAUGGAUUCGGAGUAUGCAGACUGCGAUGUGCUCGCAAGUGUCAACAUGGUGUCCAGUUCCAGUGACUGGCCAGCGCCAUAUGUGGAUAUCAUUUGGUCAUUGGUGCAUCGGCCCACAAAACAGUUCAUGUACCAGACCUUGCUGUCCCUAGAGGUGGGCCAAGCAGCAGCUUUCUGGCUUCGUGCGCAGAAUGCGGUGCUGCAUGUGGAGCGGGCAGAACGGCAUGUUGCCGUGCUUUCAACCUGGCGAGUGCAGUUGCCUUCAGGCGAAGUGAUGGCCACCGUCCCACCCUCUAUGGCCGUGCCAGCAUUUGCGACGCGUGUGAGCUGGGAGCGAGUGGCGCAUCAAGCAUUUUGCAAAGUGGCUGCACAUUUGGCGGAGGAGGCAUUGCUGCAGGCAGACAGCCGAGUGAAGGGUGACCCCUCACUUCCUGUUGUGAUCAUCGACUAUUUGCUACCAGUGCUUUGUGGUGAAGCAGUACACUUGUCAACCAGCGAGCUUGUUUGGAAGAAGGUCCGGGAUGAAGUGCGCCACUCGCAGUUUGGGGGGCCCAUUCGCCGCGCUGCGGCCUGGUUUGUGGUCAAGAGCGUCUUGCACUUCGAGUGCUGUCGCCAGGGGUCACCAGAAGCUUACAAGACAAUGAUCUUGCAGAUUCAUUUAGAAGGACUCCGCCACAUUGAGAAGCUGGAGCCUUCAGCGAGGUUGGAAGCUUGCCGCAAGGUGCUGCGCCGCGCGGUGAAGUUGACGAGCUCAGCUCCGUCGUCGGACCAAGUGACGCGGAGGAGCGCCUUGGAGGAUGUGGAGGGUGCAGUCCAGCCGGUUCUGGAUGCCUUGCAGAGGGAAUGGGACGAAGUGUCGCAGAGGAAGGGUUGA